AUUAACAUGUAUACGAUUUUGCAGCUUAAUAUGUCAUUAUCGUUACUUGACCCCUUUUUAUGUGUAAAUAAAUUACUGCAUUAGAUGAAGUUUUAAAAACUAUUAUUUAUUUCAGGAAGCAGAAGAAUGGGCGAGACGGCAGAGUGGGCCGAUGGUCAAUCCAUCGUUCGAGCCAGACGACUUCCUGCCCCAAAGUUUAUCACCGGUAAAAGAGGAAAAGAUGAAACCUGGCCAGGACAAGGGUAUCUUCUUGGUAAAUAUGAAAGAGAAGAAUGCUCAAGAGGAGGAGUACGAGCCAUAUGACAACAGGGUGGUGGAACACCCCACUACGAACACUGAGACACUCCUACAUCUGCUGAAAGGGAGUUUAGGAACGGGUAUACUGGCAAUGCCUCAUGCGUUCCACAACUCUGGUUACGUGGUGGGCGCCAUCGGAACGAUAGUGAUCGGAGUGCUGUGCACAUACUGCAUCCACAUCCUCAUAGACUCGUGCUACGUGCUGUGCAAACGGCGGAAAGUACCGUCGCUCACCUAUACCGCUGCUGCUGAAGCGGCGUUAUCUGAAGGUCCUGAUUGGUGCAAAGCUUGCGCCCCGUAUGCUGCGUAAGUACAUACAUUACCUAUUCAAAAUGAUAUCAUUGAUUGUUGUUGAUUUUCAGUAGAUGACGUUUACGUGCUGUAUGCUAUUGGUGUUUUCUUUGCCAAUAAUAAAAACAAAAUCGCGGAUUACCAUGGGUGUAUGUAAGUAGGUAUAUGUCAAUACAUAUAGCUACUUAAAGCAGUCAGGGUCCCGGACCUCUAAUAGGUAUAAUUAUAAUCUGUCCGGUAGUUUCGGAGCAUAUUCGAUGCAAACAAACGAACAAUGUUAUCUUUCAUAAUAUUAGUAUAGAUAAAGUAAACUUUUAUUCCAGGCAUAUAGUGAACGCUUUCCUUCUAAUUUACCAAAUCGGGACUUGCUGUGUGUACGUGGUGUUUGUAUCUGAAAACAUCCAUUACGUAUUAACAAAGCAAUUUGGACUACAAGUAGAGGUGAUCCAGGUGAUGGCAUGUAUUCUCCUACCACUGGUGUUAAUCAAUUGGGUGCGUGACCUCAAGUACCUGGCUCCGUUCUCGGCGGUUGCUAAUGCGGUCACUAUAGUGAGCUUCGGAAUAAUCCUUUAUUAUAUAUUCCGCGAGACACCAACCUUGGAAGGGAAGGAACCAGUGGGAAAAUUAAGCAAUUUUCCGCUAUUCUUCGGGACCGUCUUGUUCGCUUUGGAAGCUAUUGGCGUGGUAAGAUUUUUUUGUUUUUUUCAAGCCAAAUAAUUGAUAAGCUUAUAAAGUAUAAUUAUAAUUAUUUUAAAUACCAAAACAGAGUUACUAAAAAUGACAUAAUUACCUUCACAUUUACAUAAUUACUCUUUGAUUAUUUCUAUAUAAAUAAAAACUCGGUGAACUGGUUUUGGUGCAAUUUCUGUUAGCAUUUCUAUCAAAUAAAAAAGUACGUCAUAACAUGUUCAUAAACUACGAAUUCACGGUCAAAUACAACUUAAGAAAUUAAAUUUGUUCUUUCUAAAAUGAUGUGUUCUUGAAAAUGUCUUUUUUUGCCAGAUAUUACCAUUGGAAAACGAGAUGAAAACCCCCAAAGACUUUGUGGGGAAAUUUGGCGUGUUGAACCGAGCAAUGAUUAGCAUUAUCAUUCUAUAUGUGGGCAUGGGACUGUUUGGCUAUCUUCAAUACGGAGCUGCUGCGAAAGGCAGCAUCACCUUGAACCUACCCUCCGAUAAAGAAGUGUAAGUAUUUUCUCCGAAAUACCCGAAAAUUACAUCAAGAGUG